AUGUGGCCUACUGAUGAGUCCGCUACUUCUCUGUUACCUUUUCAUGAUACUGGAAGUCCAUUAUCUCCACCUCUACCGCCUAAGACUCGGACACACCUGACUGGCAUUUCAUCAACACUAAGCAGAGAAACUGAUGAAGAGGAUGCCGAACUGGCCAGUGGACUCUCUGAGCAAGUGGUACAGGCUAGUUUAUCCCAAAUAAUUAUGGAAUAA